ACUUUUUUCGAUGCUUAAAAGAACGCUUAUGAGUUACAAGCAACAGAAAAUCUCUACUUGUAAUUUAAAGCAUAACCGUAGUGACACGUAAUAAAAUAAUUCCAGAGCUUUGUUUUUGUUUUAAAGUGGCAGAUAGAUUUGUGUAAAGCGUUAUAUCUGUACAUAGAUACGAUUAUGAGAAACAAAAUUUAAUGCAUUUAAUUGCGACAGUACAGUUUAUCGAAGCCGUGAGCUUCCUUGGUUACCUGGCUGUGGUCAAGGCUGCUAUUCAUCACGAAGCUGUAACGUUUACUCCCAUCACCGGCAAUGACUUUCCUAAUCAGCCAGUCCACGCAGCUAUGUAUCCAGAGGACCGUGUUCUCAGCGGAAAUGCACCACUUUACUACAAGCUGAGCACGUCGAGCAACAGUUACGAUUCUGGCACUCCGCAAAAUUCGCCGCACACCGCAAACGAUACGGUUUGCGAUACAGCGACUUGCAGAAAAGUUGCCGACAAGAUCCUAAGCCGCAUUAACAGCAGUGCCGAUCCAUGCGAAAACUUUUACGAAUAUGCAUGUGGAGAAUGGGUGAAAAAUACGAAAUCCCGGAUAACGAGACUGUUAUAAGUGAAUUCCAUUCUGUGACAAAACUUGUCAAACGCGUUGGCCAAGAGCUGCUCAGUAACUUAUCAAAAGACGCAUCAUCGUCGGAAGUCAAGCUAAAGCAGUUAUAUAAGCAAUGUACAAACGAAGACGAGUUCGACAGAUUACGAGCGAAGCCGUUGCUGGAUUUUUUUGACCAGCAUAUUGGCGGUUGGCCUAUCGUUACACCCAACUGGAAUUCCUCAAAGUUCGACGUCUUUAGCGCUUCAGUCAACAGUCUGAUCGUGGGAACCGACACGUUCUUCGACAUUUCUAUCAAACACGACCCGGAAAAUCCCUUGACCAAUUACAUCCACAUUGAGGCGCCGUCAAUGUUGGGUGUCGGCGAUCUGAUGGGUGAUCUGCUGAUGCGCGAUAUUGAAGACAAACUGUACACUAAAAGUUACUUUGAACUCAUGUUCAACGUUACCGAGCUGCUGCUCCGGGAGAAGAAACUGCCGGUCGAUCUGAAUGCCGUCUCACCAGAUCUUUUGGAUAUUGCGGCAAUUCAACGACCUUUGACAAGGUGGGAAAGCAAAGAGUAUGGACCGUAUCUUCCCGGUGACAGCGAUAAUUCCACAAAGAUGACCUUAACAAGGCUUCAAGAAAGACACCAGUUUAACUCAUCCCUUUUAAGAAACCUCACAGCUUACGUCCAGGCUUAUUUUGCUGAAGCUGGAAUAACGGAGAAAAUCCACGGCAACACAACUGUCAUUGCAGACUAUCCGAAAUUCUGGCGAACUCUGGAUAAAAAGCUUGUAGAGCUGGAGCAGCAAGGGGAAAACGGAUUAAGGCGUAUGGCGAAUUACUUUGGUUGGCGAGCGAUUGUGACUGCGUUGAGGCACUUGUCCAAAGAUUACCGGCACAAACUGGCGGAGUUUAAUCAGAAAGCUUCUGCCAGAGGCCAAAAGGUCAGAGACGACCCAACCGCUGAAGAACGCUGUUUGGGGAUUGUAACCGGCGCAAUGCCCUUAGCGAUGGGAGCACUGUAUGUGCGGAAUAUUAUACCAAAAGAUAUGAAGCCAAAGGCCACGGUUAUGGUGGACGAUAUUGAGGCAUCCUUUAGAUUAUUGUUGACGUCGGCCAGUUGGAUGGAUACCAGCACACACGAAGCAGCGUUAAGGAAGCUUGAUAAUGCACAGAGAAUGAUCGCUUAUCCCGAAUUCAUGGCUUCCAACACUACUUUAAUCGACGCCGAAUACGAAAAUAUAGUUAUUCAAGAGAGCUACGCUCUUUCCAUGAUGCAAAUCGAGAAGAACAAGCGAUCUCAUGACCUGCACCGUCUUGUACGACCGUCCAUUGUGGGCUGCGGGGCGUUCGGCAGAUUUCAUGAACUGGACAUCAGUUCCCCGAGUGCCUAUUAUUCUAUUGACAGGAACUGCAUUAUCAUCAACGCAGCCGUUCUCCAGCCACCAUUUUUCGACCCCGAUAGUCCACCGUACUAUAAUUAUGGCGCCAUAGGACUGAUCAUUGGACACGAAUUUACCCAUGGCUUCGACAGUACUGGUGUGCUGUACGACUAUCGCGGUUUUCCACGAUCAUGGGCCACCGACCAGGCAAGAGCUGCGUUCAAAGUCAAAAGCGAUGGUAUCAUGGCGCAGUAUAACAACUACACCACAAGGGCAGGCAAAAUUAAUGGGCGCCUCACCCUGGAGGAAAAUAUUUCGGAUAACGGGGGCAUGCGCGCUGCUUAUAAAGGAUAUCUUCGCCAUCUGGAGCGGCUAAAACAUGGUGAAGUAGUAGUCAAAGGACUGGAAAAGUAUUCACCAGAUCAGUUGUUCUUCCUGUCAGCAGCACAAGUUUUCUGUUUCAAAAUGCGCCCGGAGGAUGAAAGGGUAUCCCUGCUGACCAACGUUCACUCCCCACCGGAGUGGAGAAUCAAUGGUGUGAUGUCUAACAUGGAGGAGUUUGCAACCGCUUUUAAUUGUUCUGCCACUGCUCGACUAAAUCCCCGCGAGAAACAAAUCGUCUGGUGACCGUUAGUAACAGUACCUUGCGUGGUACUCAGGACACUAUUGGUUACUGAAUUUAUUUAGCAAGGUUCAUCCAUGCUUAACGACAAAUACUGCUGUAGCGCGUUACGUGUCACGUCUGGCAACUUAUUCGGAAAAAAUCUGCGCUUGAACAAGAAUUAU